AUGCAUAUCUACAAUCUCAGAAAGGCUCAGGAUAGGCCUGCGCCGCCGCGGCACAAGCAGGAACAGGAAAAACUGCUCGGACAUGUCACGCAGUUCAAGCGCCAGAAAGAACUCCUGACCUUGGCCAUCGAGACAUCCUGCGACGACACGUGCGUUGCCCUCCUUCAGAGCUACGAGAGCACCGAGAGGACCGAGAAACCCGAAAUGGUGGCCCGCCUACUCUUCAACAAGAAAAUCACGUCGGACCAGCGCCAGUUCGGCGGCGUCCACCCGGCCAUCGCCGUCGAGUGGCACCAGCGGCACCUCGCAACCCUGGUCGAGGAGGCCAUCCGGUCUCUUCCUGAAGACGGCACCCGGGGCAACGCGUCUUACGCAACUAGCAGACUGAAGUACAGAAGCCCCGACCUCAUCGCCGUCACCCGCGGCCCCGGCAUGCCCACCAGCUUGGCCACCGGCAUGGAAGUAGCCAAGGGUCUGGCGUUGGCCUGGGGCAUCCCGAUCGUGGGCGUCCACCACAUGCAAGCCCACGCUCUCACGCCGCAGCUCGUCUACGCUCUAGACCGCUCCUUCGCUGCUCCCAGCCUCGCAUCAUCCCCAUGGGGACAACGCCAACAACGGGUCGUCGAUCCCGAACUAAAAGCAGCAUCAGAAAAGCAGGAAGAAGAGGUUGAUCAGCGCACCGCCAACCUCGAUUACCCCUACCUCAACCUGCUCGUCUCGGGCGGCCACACGCAACUGGUCUACUCGGCCUCCCUGACGUCGCAUCUGAUCCAGUGCACGACCGAUAACAUCGCGCUAGGCGACAUGCUCGACAAGGCCGCGCGCAAGAUCCUUCCGCCCUCGGUCCUGAACUCGGGCCAAAACGUCAUGUACGCCGCCGCGCUGGAGCGCUUCGCCUUCCCGCGCUUCGCCACCGGUGCCGACGAGAGGGAGUACAACUUCAAGUACACACCGCCUGCCACCCGGGCGGCCGAGAUCGAGCAGCACAACUCGCCGUACGGCUGGCACCUCUCGCCGCCUCUGUACGCCUCUAGGAAGAUGGAGUACAACUUCACGGGUCUCGGCUCGCAAGCGCAGCGCAUCGCCGACUCGCUGGACGGGUUUUCUUCAUACGAGAAUUGCCAGGACCAGGUUCUUUCGCGGGAGGACUCUCCCGCCGAGUCCGGGUCCGGAGUCGGGUCCGACGACAUGGCUCCCUCACCCGCAGACUCUUCCACUUCGACCGCUCUCCUCUCGCCGGCCCUCAACGAACAAGACCAGAUGGAGCAGCGCCGCUACCUGGCGCGCGCGACCAUGCAGCUGGCCUUUGAGCACCUCGCCUCGCGCAUCGUCAUGGUGCUCCAGCAGCAGGCCAAGACGUCGGGCGAAGCACAAAAGGUCAAGACGCUCGUGGUGUCGGGCGGCGUGGCCAGCAACCAGUUUCUCCGGCACGUGCUCCGUCGCGUGCUGGAGGUGCGCGGGUUCGGACACAUCCGGAUUAUGGCUCCCCCUGUGCACCUGUGUACGGACAACGCGGCCAUGAUUGCGUGGACGGGGUCGGAGAUGUGGAGGGCGGGUUGGGUGAGCAAGUUGGACAUGCUGCCGAUUAAGAAGUGGAGCAUGAGUUCGACGGGCGAGCAGGGCGGCAUCUUGGGGACGGAGGAGAAACCGUUUUAUGUGAGGCGUUCCUCUUAA